GUGAUGGCAACAAGAGGAAGUUCUGUUAACGGGCUAGAGAAACCGCAAUCGUCAAUGGCGAGUUUGCUAAAUAUGCACUAUCAAACUGUUGGAGCGCCAAAAAAUUUGAGGAGAGAUGAAGAUGAACAAGAAAUGAACUUAGUAGAACUAAUACAACAACCAACCAUCCGUGAGAAGGAGCCUUCUAAAAGGGUUGAACUUGGAGAAAGAGCAGACAAGCAACCAAAAUGUCAGCAAAGAAAGACAUCGAUAGUUGAAAAGGAACAGGAAAAAGUUGUUCUUAGCAACACCUUUAGGAAGUCCGAGAGAAGCAAGAUAUUGGUGUCACCUGGUUCACUUGAAGCUUAUGCUAGGAUGAAAAAGAACUCAACAACGCAAAAAGAACCAUCAACGAACAUUGAUUGUGUUUCAAGAAGGCGAGGUCGUUUGUUUGAUGAUGUAACUGGUUUGGGAGAUAGUUUAGCUGAAGAAAAUGAAACUUAUGGAAGUUUACAUGAUUAUGUUUCUGAAGAAACAGACAAUAUAGAACCUCAACAGAUUCCAAAUAAUGCAGUGGGGAUCACAAAUGAAUCACUUUCUAUGCAAGAAGAACAUAAUCUACCAGUAAAGAAGCGAACAAGAGGGCCGAGUUUGUGCAAAGAUAUCCAUGACCGCACUAUAGACAAUCGGUUGCCUAUCAUUUUGAAUGGAUUGUGUCAGCCAAUUGGGCCAGAUAAGGCAACUUUAGAUAAAUUUAGUCGUUUUUUGGGAUCGUUAGCUCGUGAUUCUAAUCUUGCACCUUUAAAUGAGGUUAAUUGGACUCAUGUUCGUGAUAAGGAUAAAAUUUGGGAAUAUGUCAAGAAGAAGUUCAUUAUAGCGGAGGAAGGUAAGACUUAUGUGUUGCAGUCCAUUGGAGCUCUUUGGCGUACUUAUAAAUCUAGAGUUAAAAAGAAGUAUUACUACAACUCUAGUUCCAGAGACGCAGACGGUGAGCUAAAAACGAUUCCUGAUUCUCAUUUGAAGGAUUUGCAAAAAUAUUGGGAUCUGGAAGAGGUUCAGAUGAACUCUCAAAAGAAAAGAGAAGCCAGCCAGAGUCGAAUAAGGAGACACACUAUGGGUCCAAUUGCCUUUGCAAGAAAACGUCAUGAGUUACAACAAGCUGAUGGUAAGCCACCUUCACUUGCAUUGAUGUAUAAAGAGACUCAUAAAAGAGCACCAGGUAGAAAGUACACUACGCCUGCAGUAAAUAUCGAACUUCCAGAAUCUAAAGAUAAUGGACUUCUCGGUAGGUGUAGCAAGAGGGUAAAGAGGCCUUGCAAGUCUGAUGUUCUCAUUCCUGAUGAAUUUUUAAAGCCUUUUAAAGAUGAGAUAGUGAAAGAUACUUUAGCGGGAGUUCUAAAAAUUUUUGAACGUCUUCCUAUCGAAAUUCUGAACCCUAUCAACUCAUCACUUGAGAAUUCAUUGAAUGUUCAAGAAUUGGCGAAACGUCUUGAGGAGCAAUCAUCUGGAGGCAUCAACGGUGUUGAACUUUCUCAG